CAGAAUAAAUGUGCAGAGGCUCAGAGUUACUCAGAGUUAUUGCGUCUGCACACACACACACACACACACACACACACACACACACACACACACACACACACAGAGUUCUACAGCCUCAAUAACACAGAUACCUAUACAAUCACCCACUCAUCAACACACACACACACACACUCAUGUUGCGGGAGCUGCUGUUGGUGUGUGUGGUGGCCAGCGUGGCCGCAGCUGUGGGCACGGGUGUGUGCCCCUCUGUGUGCUCAUGUCAACAGGAAGGAGCGCUGCUGAUCACCGACUGCUCCGAACUCGGACUAUCAUCCGUCCCUGAGGAUCUAAACCCCCUCACCUCUUACCUAGAUCUCAGCAUGAACAACAUCAGCGAAAUCCAACCAAACGCUUUCCGUGACCUGCCCUUCCUCACCGAACUGCGUCUCUCUGGGAAUCAGCUCCAACACAUCAGUGGCUCCGCCCUCCGAGGCCUCACCGGGCUCAAAAUCCUGAUGCUGCAGAACAACCAGCUGGAGAGACUGGAGAGUGAAGAUCCAUGGGAACUGCCUAAUCUGCUUUCACUACGUCUGGACGCUAACCUCAUCACAGACGUUCCCGCUCAGACGUUUUCAGGCAUGCGGUCUUUGCGCCACCUGUGGCUGGAUGAUAAUGCUCUAACCGACAUCCCAGUGAGCGCGCUCAGUGACCUUUCAACCCUGCAGGCCAUGACCCUCGCCCUCAACCGCAUCACACACAUCCCUGACUACGCCUUCAGGAACCUGUCCAACCUUGUUGUGCUGCAUCUUCAUAACAACCUAAUCCAAACUCUGGGAGAGAAGUGCUUCGAGGGCCUGCGCAGUCUCGAGACUCUUGAGCUGAACUUCAACACUCUUCAGGAAUUUCCCGUGGCCAUCCGGACACUGAACAAACUCCAGGAGCUUGGUUUCCACAAUAAUAACAUCAGGGUGAUCCCUGAGAGAGCUUUUGUGGGGAACCCGCUGCUGCAAACAAUUCAUUUCUAUGAGAAUCCCAUCCAGUUUGUUGGAAGAUCUGCUUUCCAGUUCUUGCCACAGUUACACACACUAUCUCUGAAUGGUGCCACUGAGAUACAGGAAUUCCCUGACCUGACAGGGACCACCAGCCUGCAAGUGCUAACUCUGACCCGAGCAGGUCUCACCAGUCUGCCACCUAAUCUCUGUCAACAGCUGCCAAAUCUCAGAGUGCUUGAGUUGUCUCAUAACGCAAUCAAAGAGUUGCCGAGUUUUUACUGCUGUACUUCACUGCAAGAGAUUGGACUGCAGCAUAAUCGGAUCAGGCGGAUCGAGCUGAACACGUUCCAGCAGCUCGUAUCCCUUCGAUCACUUGAUCUGAGUUGGAAUCAGAUUGAGAUGAUCCACCCUGACGCCUUCACCUCUCUCCACUCUCUACUCAAACUUGAUCUGAGUCAGAACCAGUUAUCCCGAGUCCCCCUGUCUGGCCUGAGCAGUCUUACUCAUCUCAAACUGAGAGGAAACACACACCUGUCUCAUUCCUUCAGAGAGGACCAGCUGCCCAACAUCAGGGUUAUCGAGAUGCCCUAUGCCUAUCAGUGCUGUGUGUUUGGAGCAUGCAGCAGCUACAGAUCCGCUGCCCAGUGGGAGGAGGUGGCGGGCACAGAGGAGGAGGAGCUUCAGAAAAGAGCACUUGGCCUCGUCCCAAUUCAUUCUGAUUAUGAUCCUGAUCUGGAGGAAUUCCAGGCAGCCAUUGAAGAGUCCAAACUCCAAACUAAUGUCCAGUGCACCCCUGUUCCAGGUCCGUUUAAGCCAUGUGACACGCUGUUCGACAGCUGGUUGGUGCGAUUGGGGAUGUGGAUCGUUUCUCUCGUCUCUCUGCUGGCCAACAUUCUCCUUGUGCUCUCCAUCUUCGCUUCACCCAGCUACCUCUCACCUGUAAAGUUCAUCAUCGGCUCCAUCGGCACUGCUAACCUUCUCACUGGGCUCUGUGUGUGUGUGCUGGCGCUAAUCGAUGCUUUGACCUUUGGCGAGUUCGCUUCAUAUGGUGCACGCUGGGAAACAGGUGCUGGUUGCCAAGCAACAGGGUUCAUCUCUGUGGCAGCAUCAGAAUCCUCCAUGCUGUUCCUGGUGCUCGCGGCAGUUCAGUGCAGUGUUUCCAUCUCAUUUGGGAAGUCGCCAUCUCAUGGCAGUGUCCAAUGCGCCACUGCAAUAUGCGUGACGCUUUCGCUGGUCUCCGCAAGCCUGCCGCUGCUGGGGGUGGGGAAAUUUGGAACCACGCCCCUUUGUAUCCCCUCUCCUCUCCCAGAUGCCCCACCCACCACAUUGGGCUUCAUGGUAGCUCUGAUUAUGAUGAACUCUCUCUGUUUCCUGCUCAUCACAAGCACCUAUAUUAAGCUCUACUGGGAUCUGAUGAAGGGGAACUUCGACAGCGUGUGGGACUGUGCCAUGAUCAAACACGUCGCCUGGCUCAUUUUCACCAACUGCCUGCUUUACUGCCCUGUUGCAUUCCUUACGUUCGCAUCCCUGCUCUCCCUCAUCCCGGUCAGUGAGGAUGUGAUCAAGUCUGUCCUGCUGCUGCUCCUCCCACUGCCAUCAUGUGUCAAUCCGCUGCUUUACCUCCUCUUCAACCCACACUUCCGUGAGGAUGCAAAGCUUCUCCUGAACAGAGCUUGCCUGGUGCAGGACCGCGUUCUUGACUCCUUUACCUCUGUGGAGAUGGAGAAGAGCUCGUGCGACUCCACCCAGGCACUUGUGCCUUUUUGCUCUGAGGCAGACGCAAUGCUGGAGGGCUCAGUGCCACUUGUGCCAUGCCAGCUGCAGAUGACGAAUAAAGAAAAUGACAAAAAGGAGGAAAACAUGUGGAGCAAAACUAUGGACAAUCAGAGAGGAAGCUCUCUCAUCUCUGGAGUUUAUCAGUCUUCACAUCCCAUGUGCCAUUCAUAAAUCCUGUUGGACAUCGCGCAGAUAUCAGAACCCUUCCGAUUAGGAGAAAGACAUUGAUCAUGGACAAAACUAUAUUACUGUUUGAAAACAGAGAAAAUAAAUAUGGACUCAAACUGUUGGACCCGACAUGUUUAUGCAAUCAACAGGUGUAAAAUUUCAAAUCCUACUUUACAAUAACAACUUGGUCAAAAAUGAAAUGCACACAAUGUCGUCCAAAUGUUACCCUAAACAUACAGUACCAGGCAAAAGUUUGUACACCUCUACUCAUUCAUAGGUUUUUCUGUAUUUUGUAUUUUCUACACUGUAGAACAAGACUGAAGACAUCGAAACUAUGAAAUAACAUCUGGAACAUGUUAUUUACCAGCUGGGAGGUCCGUAUGGUGAAAUACCGUGACCGAGGUCUUGAAAGUACUGAGCGAGGCCCUCUGGGCCGAGGUCAGUAUUCAAGGCUGAGGUCACGGUAUUUCACCAUACGGACUGACCUUAAGCUGGUAAAUAAUAUAUUUAUUUUUUUAUUUACCAAAUUCUAAAAGAAAACGAGAGCGCCCGAAAGGGAAAACUGAGCCGAGCCACCAUUUUGAAUCCUCAUUCACGGCUGUAAUGCAAAUGGCUUCCUCCUCUGUAUACAAGUGCACUUCCAUGGCAGGAAAAAAACUACAUUUUGCUGCCUAUGUCGUCCCCUAUUUAUACAAAUAGGAGUCAUUCAGGCUUCAGCCAUGUUUUUGCUCAGUGUUAGCAAAUUACAGGUUUUAUCUUUCUCCUGAAAUGUUUUAUUUUAUUUCUUCUUCCUCAGGGGAGUAAAACUCGCUUUCGCUGUGAACACUGUCGUUAUCGCUAUCCAUGCUGUAAAAUUAAUGCUAUUCUCCUGAGAAAUGCUGACAAAAAUGUAUAAGGUUUUUGAUAAUCUUAUAAAUAAAUAUUAUUUAAAAAAAAAGAUAAACGUUGACAAAAAAUUCUACUAUGUUUGUUGUUGUUGUGAACGAGCGAGUCGUCAGAGGUCCGUAACUGGGGUCCGUACUGUAGGAUACAGACCCGCUCGCCAGCCAAUCAGAGCGCAGGAUUUGGACCGCGAAAAAAUAAAUGGAAUUAUGUAGUAAACAAAAAAAUGUUAAAACAGACAAAAUAUGAUUCAUAUUUUAGAGUUCUCAAAGUGUCCAGCGUUUCCCUUGAUGACGCUUUGUACACUAUUGUCAUUCUCUUAACCAGCUUCAUGAGGGAGUCACCUGGAACGCUUUUCAAUUAACAGCUGUGUCUCAUCAAAAGGUCAUUAGUGGAUGAGUUUCUUACCUUCUUAAUGUGUUUGAGAUUAAACAGUAAACAGUAAACAAUAAAAAUACAAUAAACAGCCCUAUUCCAUCCACAACUGGAGUAAUCUAUACAGUAUUCUGUCAAGAACUGAACAACUAAGUAAAGAGAAACGACAUCCAUCAUUACUUUAAGACAGGAAGUGACAUUUACUUAAAAAAUAAAGAAAAAACAUUGAAUAAGAUGAUGUGUCCAACCUUUUAACUGGUACUGUAGUCGAUCACCUGAGAUGCGUUUGCUUUCUGGUGUUAGCUAAAGUGGUAGCUAUGAGGUUGUAUGGUUUCUUAGCUGCAUUAUCCUCAUAGCUCCAGUGCAAAAACAAGAUAAUAAACAUGUAUGCACUCCAGAAACUUCUUUACACCAUGUAUUACUCAGAUUUAUCUAGCGAUUGCAAUAUAAUACAGGUAUCACGCAAUUAUGACAUAUCACAGUCACUACAAAAAAGUCGCAGUUGUAGAGUUUCAUACAAUUGUGACUUUUUAAUCUCGCUAUUUAGACAUAUCACUGAAUUGUGACUUUAUUUUCCCCACUUCAACAGAACAUCACUCUGUUGUGACAUAUCAUCACAAAUUGCAACAACUGUGAGUGUUUUCUCUCUGUUGCAAGAUAACAUCAUGCCACUGUGACACUGCAACGCAGUUGCAACUUUUUAUGUCUCAUAAUUGUGUAUUUUCAUGCAGUUUAUGUUUUUUUCUUUUACAGUUGAAAGUUAAAAUUUCACAAUUGUGACUUUGCAUCCGGCGGCCCGGUGGUGCAGUGGUUAGCGCUGUCGCCUCACAGCAAGAAGGUCCGGGUUCGAGCCCCGUGGCCGGCGAGGGCCUUUCUGUGCGGAGUUUGCAUGUUCUCCCCGUGUCCGCAUGGGUUUCCUCCGGGUGCUCCGGUUUCCCCCACAGUCCAAAGACAUGCAGGUUAGGUUAACUGGUGACUCUAAAUUGAGCGUAGGUGUGAAUGUGAGUGUGAAUGGUUGUCUGUGUCUAUGUGUCAGCCCUGUGAUGACCUGGCGACUUGUCCAGGGUGAACCCCGCCUUUCGCCCGUAGUCAGCUGGGAUAGGAUCCAGCUCGCCUGCGACCCUGUAGAACAGGAUAAAGCGGCUACAGAUAAUGAGAUGAGAUGAGCAGCUACUUGUUAAUGUCACACAAUUGUGACUUAGUGCUUCUGUUUCUAAUAACCAAACCACAACACAAUCCAGCAGUGUGUAAACAAGCAAAAUAAAGUGCCCCCUCCAGGAGAAUGUCUUGGGCUGAAGAGGACGAUGUGUCUGCAGUGUUGGUGCAGGUUGGUUAGAGGUAGGAGAUGGCCUUAUAACCACAGGGUUGAGAUAUCCAAAAACUCACGUCAGCAAGAUAAAAAGUUGCAGUUUUGAGGUCUAAUAUUUUCUCAUACGUGGCAAAAACAAGCUUCUGUACACCACUCAUAACAUUCAGCAGAGUUAGAAUGGACAUUGUGUACAUUUCAUUUUUGGUUUUAAUAAAAUGUCCUUUAAUAUUACAGUGUGAAAAUGGUUGCUCGAGCAUACCUGUUCAUUCAGGGUGUUUUAAAGAAAGCACUUAUUAAAAUGAUAAACAACCACAGCGUAUGUUAAUAAUAAUAGUUGUUUAUUAAGCAUUGGCAGGUCUUCGCUUACCGUAACUGAGCACAACUCGCAGGAGAAGUGAUAAAAACUGUCUUAAAAAUUCAAAGAUUAAAACUGGAAUAUAAAUGUUUAAGGUGGAACAGUCUCACAUUGGACUUGGACAUGCAUUCAUUGGGUUUUAUUGUUUUUAAAAACAUGUAAAUGUAAUCAGAGAAACAGCCGUGGAUUAGCCUGUACUACAGCGCGGGGGUUCUGCUUUUCACAGUUGUAAAGUAGCUAGCUAUUAUGUAUAAAAUAUAAAUAUAACUACCUCUGAACUA